AUGUCAACCAGCAUGACCUCCAAUACCACCAACGACAUCCCCACCGAAAUGGCUGCCGCCUCGACCACCGACACCACCGCUGGCACGACCACCGACACAACCACCAACGCGACCUUACUCCUCAAGACCGCCUUUCGCUACAUCCUCAUCUACAUCCUCAGCAUGCUUGGCAUCUGCAUGACAUUCGUGACCCUGCAAUUCAUCGUCCAAAUCCUGCUUUUUCUUCCCUGGAACCUCCUCAGCUUCUUCUGGCCAAACUCCGAGGAGGGUAUGUUGAUGGCAAUCAACAUCUUCGCGGGCGCAAUACUGCUCAUCGCGGUCAGCGUAGGUCUUAUGCCAAACGACUACUGA